AUGGCGGCGGUAGCGAGGGUUUUUCGCGGGUCUCUCUUCCUGAUGUCCCCGGCGGCGGGCGCGGCGGGCACGGCGGCGGGGGCCAAGAAGGCAGGCGCGGCGUCGGCGGCGGCGGCGACCAAGAAGCGGACCAAGGCGGCGUCCACGGAGCCGAGGGCGCCGACCGGGAUCAGGAAGCCGAUGCCGGUGUCUGAUGAGUUCAGCAGGUUCGCCGGCGGCGCGCUGAGGUCGCACGCUCCGAGGCCAUGA